UAAUUUGUUGAAACCGACCAUGGCCGAUGGUAACUUCACGGCGGAAUCCGCGGCGCAGCACCAAGCCGAGUUGAAUGACUAUCUACAAUCUAAAUCCAUUAAUCAACUCUUCAUCCAGAUUGUUGAGUCGUUGCUGAUAGAAAAGCCAGACAACCCAAUCGGGUUCAUCGUAGAAUUCCUACAGAAGAAGUACCCAGAUCAGGCAGGGGUCUCUCUGGCUACAGGCGCAUCGCAGCAUGAUCGAGAGCAAGCAGCGGUCGACGGAGCACCCGACAUCGCCAGUGACGUUGAUGACGAUGAUGACAAUGACGAUGAUUACAUAGAUGAAAUUCCUACCCUAACAAAAAAUUCAGCAUACAACAGAGACCGUAAGCGUGAGUCUGUUUGCGCAGAGGUCGUCAUGGAGAAUCAAGAUGACAUAAAGGAGUUCGACAAAACUCCAGAGGAGAGGAUGCGCAUCCUCGAAAUACUAGAACAACAAGUUCUUUUCCGACACUUGGAAAAGGAGCAAAAGGAAUUUGUGGCGCGGGCCAUGUUUGUGAUGGAGUUCAAGAGUGGGGACACCAUCAUAUCGCAGGGUGAUGAUGGUGACAACUUUUAUGUGAUUGAUCGUGGGAAUGUGGAGUGCUACAAGUACUCGGAUUCUCCCGAUGAUGAGGCACUUGUUCAUACAUAUAGCCCAGGCGGUGCUUUCGGUGAAUUAGCCAUCAUGUAUAACGCGCCCCGGGCUGCUACCUGUCGAGCCAUAGCUGAUUGCAGACUCUAUGCUCUCGAUCGCAAGGCUUUCAAAGUGAUACUCAUGAAGACAACUAUCGAGCGGCGCUCCCAGACUAAGAACUUUCUGCAGAAUGUCGAGAUUUUGAAGCAGCUCAAGGAAUAUGAACUCUUUACGAUGGCAGAUGCGAUGCAAGAGAUGUUGUAUGAAGAGGGGGAUGUUAUCUGUCGUCAGGGCGAUGCUGGUUCAAACUUCUAUAUAAUAAAGCAAGGUUCGGUGGUUUGCACCCAAGCGGAUGCUCAGGGUAAACAACAAGAGGUCGCGCAUCUCACUGUUGGUGAUUACUUCGGUGAAAUCGCACUGCUUACCAGUAAACCUCGCCAGGCGACAGUCGUCGCGGGAGAAGAUCAUGGUACGCUAAAGUUGCUUUCAUUGGAUCGAAGUACGUUCAACCGCAUCCUCGGUUCCAUCGAAGACAUCCUCCGUAGGAAUAUGAGCGCAUAUAAUAAAUUCCGAAGUGCACAAAUAUGACUGAGCAGUAGCUGUUAAUACUAUCACCUGAAUGUUGUCUUAGAGGCUGUCGCGUGCACACAAGCCUAGAAUGUAAUCCUGCACACACGCCUACAAUAUAAUCCAGCAGCUUCAAUCCCUAAUCAGCUUAGACAGCUUCUAUGGCUCCAACUCUUGUUCUGGAACAGGCGAGAUUCCACUCAUCACAGAAUGUUGACACGCGUAUGACACCUACAUGGCACUCACGAACUGAAUUAAUGGACCGUCCGCCCUCUGGCAGUCGCAUAUUUGACAGGACUACUGAGGAAGAUUGACUAGGGGUCCUCGCAGGGGCAGCUGCGAGGAUUGCGUGGCAGUCCCACCGACGAAAAGGCCGGGAUUUGGCCGCGCGCAGCUGUAGACGCCGAUUAACAAAGGAAAGGAGGGG